AUGGAUGUGAUCAAAAUCCUCGAGUAUUUUUACCCUUCCACAGACUUGGACCAGAAACAGCGCUCCUUCUCUCCCUCGUCUUCUUCUCCUUCUAUCGCUCGAUCGACCCCGGCUCAUCCCAACCCUAGCACCGGCACCUCAUCAUCAUCAGCCUGUCCUGCCGUCCAUCCCCUCCUUUCCUCCCUAGUCCUAGCCUCCGCACUGAACUCAGACUAUCAUUCUCACCCAGUUGAUCAGCACCAGCCAGACUAUGCCCAUUCCAACCAGUCCUCCUCCUCCUUCUACUCCUGUCCGCCCAACUUGAGCAUCCCCAUCUCAGCCUCUCUGCUUCCGGCCACCCUCCCGCUCCGAGCCGACUCGACCCAUUCUACCAUCUCAGCAGCACUCCCUCCAGCACCCUUACGGCCAACCGCCACUCACGCUCCGACUCGCUCUCCAGCCUCCAUCACCACACCACCAUCUUCACCACCCCUCGCUCUUCUUGUCGAUCCUCCCGGGCACCUCCCUCCCUCCAGAUCAGGCCUCCUCAUCCCACAUACUCCGCCACUGACCAACACCUCCAUCCUCAGCUCCUCAACUAACGCCUCGACAUCUCAAAAAACUCACAAAAAGAAUUUGUCUGACUGCCCAUCCUCGGAAUCUAAUCAUCCCUCCUCUUCAGCCGGUCGUCCACCUACCCCUACGCUCACCCAACUCGAGAUCCCCUCACUGAUCGCCCACACCCGCACUCGGCGCGAAAACCAGGAACCGUCAGGCUCACGUUCGAUCGUCACCAGUCUAGGCCUUGCGCCCAUCUCCCAGUCCUUCAACCAUCCAUUCAGCUUCAACCCACAUCAUCCUCCCACCAACCCAACCGCACUUCAUGACUUUCCCUCCUACAACGCAACAUCAACCGAUGCUCUCCGCUUUGUCUCACAAGGCUCAUCUAUCCCCUCACUCUUGAAUCCCUCACGCCUCAAACCCGUCGCGAAUGACCCAUCGCAGACUGAUCAUCAAACACAAGCGGAAGGGAUCCAUACCAACCAGCAGACCAAAGAUCCUAAUCCGCUCCUUCAAGAAACCCCUCUUUCAUCCCCGAAGAUCGCGAACCAUCCAUUUCAAACCCGGGCCACUUUUCUGUCAGUCCCUAAUCGACAUGCCGACUUGAACGCGUACAGCCGACAACAUCAGGAUCCACACCCCCGUUCAACCACCCCCGACACCUCUCAGUCUCCUCCUCCCCCGCCCCUCAAACCAAAUGUAACAGGAAGUCAACCUCGGCAAACGCUUCGUCGAGGGGUUUCAUUUGAACCAUCUGGCAAAUCGUUCUGUAAAUACGCACUUCCCAAGCCCCGCUUAGAUGCAAAUCCAGCCAGUCAAGAAUCUACACGCCAACGCAAGGGCGGUCAUAAUCGGCAGAACUCGACAACCGUGAACAAUCCUACUGUUGUCUUCCCUUCCAAGACACCUGUGAUCGAAUCUGACACCAACACGGAAGAACUGAAAGAGCGUUUUUGGAAUUCCAAGCCCAAUAACCUCACUGCCAAUCAAGUCUGGGCAGAGAUUUACAUAUCCAGGCUCGAGCGCAAACUGUGGAAGGCACAAGCUGAGGCAGACAUCUCGGCAGAUUGCCUCGCCUUUUGCAUCCCUUCAGGCUCCAACGGUGGUAUUCAAAAACCUCAGAAUAGUCGACGACGCCGCGUGGCUUCGGCGUCAGAUGCUGUGCAAGCUCGGCCGGGAGCAUCACCAUCACGUCCCAAAAAGCUCAGUCAGAGCAAGGAAGGAACAAACAAGAGUAAAAGGUUUGAUUUAACAGCCUUUUACAAAGCCUCUGGGAAUGAGCAAACAUGUAACCAACUGAUCCGCUGUCAGCGUAGCAGUCCUCUGGAGAUCAGCGACGGCCCUCUGCGCCAUCUGCCAUGUAUCAGCUCAAGUAAUUAUCAACCCAUUGACGUUAUAAUACCCUAUAGACCUGAUCUUCUAUCGUCUCCUCGGCACCAACCCCAGUCAAACUUUCGCCCCGCUACAAACCCCCGAGUAAUUCGGCGUGAAGCAUCCACCAAUUUUCCCAGAAGUAAUGAUUCGGAGCGCGGUUAUCGCAUCGUCCUACCAGUAGCCAAUUCCCAGCAGCCUAAAUCGCAGAGACGUAGAUCUCGAUCUGUUCCCGAGUUGCGACAGAUACAUGUCCAAUUACCAUCCCCACCUCAGUCGAUGAAAGAUAUGACUGGGAUUUCUGAUGAUCUUACAUACAAGCAUCCAGAGUUCUAUAUCGAUAGACCGUGGCCGGUGGAGGACCCCACUUCUCCGACCACCCUUUCAAUACCCCAAACGCUGCUCGAUGCCAUGUUUCCGCCCGCCCCAGACUCGGCCAGAAACACACCUCCGUACCCUUCAGAGAAUGUUUUAUCGCUAGGCUCUAGUAGUCGGCCUGUUCACUGUGUUUCCUCUACCAAAGACCUCCACAGGUCAGUAUGUGCUACUAUUGAAGUUCCAGAUGGCACUGUGGCGUUUUCCCGCUCAGAUUCCGCCGAUGCCUCCAACGAAUUGUCGGAGUCAAUAUCUAAGGGCCCAUUAUAUUCGCUUCCCCGCUUUAUUGAACCGCGCCCUACGGCCGUUGUUGCAUUGCCUCCACCCCCCCGGAAGCGCAACCCCACCCCAGCAGUAUCCACCCACAGCUCGAGUCAGAAUUCAUCUGUUAGAACCAAACGGAGCACGAACGAAUCGAUGGUGGCUCAUCUGUCCUAUCCAACCCCGUCUGAAAAAAGUGGGCUCGAAUUCCCAGUCCCCCCUUCUAUUAGAUUGAGCCGCAGAUCUUCUUCGCCCCUCACACCCCCAAAUCCAAGGACCGAUCAGGUGGUCACGAGUCCCAUCCAGCCCACAUCUUUCGUCUAUGAGACUUCUCAGCGAAUACAGAGACGGUCAAUCUCGUCCAUCUAUCCGAUCUCUCCAACUUGUCAAUCUCCGGAUGACAGUGCCCACAGAUACAGUGGAUUCCUCUCACACGUCUCUAGUCGACCAUGCUCUCUUGGUGUGACUAGCCCUUGGAUCGACCGAGAGGGUAGAGAUGAUCGGAUUACUACCUUUACGCCUAGCAAGCCGCCCCUUUCGGCCCUCUAUCUUACUUCUUCACCUCAAAUACAUCUCGCGGGGGAUGAUGAACCAAACACAGUGGUGAAUUCCAUGAGUGCGUUUCGCGAUUCUACUCACUCGGGUGGAAGUGCGUCCAGUCAUUCGGCCAUUGACCCUGACAAGCCUAUCAAUCAAGCCGAUCUAUUUUAUCAAGUACCCGCCUCGCCACGCCGGAGUCUCAUUCGAGAUUAUGAUGAUCAUAUGAAGCAAACCACAGAGAACCAAGUGGGAGCAAGCACAUCGACCGCAGUUAUCGAACGAUCCGUCUUGAUUGACGAGAUCCUGGCUGGGUAUGCAGGUCCCCGGCGAACGCUGAUGACACGACCAGUCCGACCCCGGCUGAAAACCCAAGAAUUGGUCACGGAGUCUGCCUUGGACCUUGCAAAAGAUCAAGAUGAAGCGGGAUCCACUCAGUCAGCCCCCGUCGCGAACGACGUGGACUCCUCUCAGUCUGGCACCCGAUCAGCCGUCACCCAGAGAAUCCCCCGUAUCAUCGAUGCCUUCGAAGCCCGACUAUCUUCACACUCACGGUAUAGCUCACACUGA